UUUGUUGCUGGAAGAAAAAAAAAGAACCAAAAAUGUUGCUUACAAUAUUAAAAUCACUCCUCGUGAUAUUCGUGACCUUAGUAUUGAGAGUUUUAUACGACACCAUAUCGUGUUACUGGCUAACACCUAGGCGAAUCAAGAAGAUCAUGGAACGACAAGGCGUAACCGGUCCUAAACCACGUCCGUUAACCGGAAACAUCCUUGAAAUCUCGGCCAUGGUUUCACAAUCCGCUUCCAAGGAUUGUGACUCUAUUCACCAUGACAUCGUCGGCCGUCUUCUUCCGCAUUACGUUGCUUGGUCCAAACAGUACGGGAAGAGAUUUGUUGUGUGGAAUGGGACGGAUCCUCGUCUCUGCUUAACGGAAACAGAAUUGAUAAAGGAGUUGCUGAUGAAACACAACGGUGUAAGUGGAAGAUCGUGGCUACAGCAACAAGGGACUAAGAACUUUAUCGGCCGGGGUCUCCUUAUGGCUAAUGGUCAAGAUUGGCAUCAUCAACGCCACCUUGCUGCUCCGGCAUUUACUAGUGAACGACUCAAGGGAUACGCAAGGCACAUGGUGGAGUGCACAAGCAGGUUAGCGGAGAGGCUGAGGAAGGAAGCUGGGGAAGGAGGAGGUGAGGUGGAGAUAGGAGAGGAGAUGCAUAAGCUCACAGCUGAUAUUAUAUCAAGGACGGAGUUCGGAAGCAGCUUUGAGAAAGGCAAAGAGCUUUUUAACCAUCUCACUGUCCUCCAGCGCCGUUGCGCUCAAGCCACACGUCACCUCUGCUUUCCCGGCAGCCGGUUUCUACCAAGCAAAUACAACAGAGAGAUUAAGUCCCUCAAAAUGGAAGUGGAACGUUUGUUGAUUGAGAUCAUACAAAGCAGACGAGACUGCGCUGAAAUGGGUCGGAGCAGCACUCACGGUGACGACCUUCUCGGGCUUCUUUUGAACGAAAUGGAUAGCGACAAGAACAACAACAAUAACAAUAACAAUCUUCAGUUGAUAAUGGAUGAAUGCAAGACGUUCUUCUUUGCUGGCCAUGAGACUACGGCGUUGCUCCUCACAUGGACAAUGAUGCUCCUAGCCGAUAAUCCCACGUGGCAGGAAAAAGUCCGCGAUGAGGUCAGAGAGGUCUUUGGCUGUGAUGGCCUUCCCUCGGUCGAUCGACUAUCCAAGCUAACCUCGUUAAGUAAAGUGAUUAACGAGUCACUAAGACUUUACCCUCCAGCUACCCUUCUACCAAGGAUGGCAUUUGAAGAUCUAAAACUAGGUGAUCUAACAAUUCCCAAAGGUUUAUCAAUAUGGAUACCGGUUCUUGCCAUCCAUCACAGUGAAGAGUUAUGGGGUAAAGACGCAAACCAAUUCAACCCCGAACGUUUUGGAGGUAGACCAUUCGCGUCCGGUCGCCAUUUCAUACCAUUUGCAGCCGGUCCCCGAAACUGCAUUGGACAACAAUUUGCAUUGAUGGAAGCAAAAAUAAUAUUAGCCACGCUAAUUUCCAAGUUUAACUUCACAAUAUCAAAUAAUUAUAGGCAUGCCCCAAUCGUUGUGCUUACUAUAAAACCUAAGUACGGAGUUCAAGUGAUAUUGAAGCCACUGGAUUCAUGAGGAUUUUGCAGUUACAAGAAUGUUUUGGAAUGCCUUGGUAUAACACUGGGAGAGGAAAUAUAUUUUGGGGUUGAGAGGGAUACA